AAAAAACCGUGCACGCAACUUCUAAUGUGGUGAAUGUGUUGCACGAAAUUCCAGGUCACAGUGUUGCAUCACGUAAAUGUAGCAGCGUGCUCGUGUCGAUACAGUGUUUCCACGGGUUCUCUUAAAAGGCUAUUUGAAAUAAGAUCAAACGUGAAACCAACACAGCGAUAAACGCGUGGAAUUUUCUGAAGCAAUGUAACUGUUAAGGUUGUUGCAUUUACGUUCUAAUUUUCAACAGACAAUAAUCGAUUAAUGUUCUUCACCAGAAGGUCGCAGCACUGAUCCUUUCUCCGGUGUCUCCGGAAAACCGGAAGCGUGUCCAAUCCAAGAGAGGGAGAAGGGGAGAAUGAAACUUGUGAGAUAGGCAAGUCUGUGGACCAGAGUCGUAGCCAGGGUAUUUUGAGACACGGCUUUCACGGCAGAGAGACUGGAACGGGAUUGGGAAUGGUUUUGCGAUCGCCAGCAUCACUCAUUUUAAACCAAAGUUAGUGCAAAAAUGAAUUAGGUGUGGAAUAGAAUGCAUCGCCCAACAAAUCCAAACCUCUGAUCCAUCGCAGCCGUAUUGCUUUAAAGUCUGUUUUUUUAUUUUGUCCGUCGUUUAUUUGAUUGGUUAAGGACUCGUCCGUGAAAGCAGUGCGGGAUUCCUGGUUUGUUCCGAUUCUUCGACAGGAACGCGCCCAGCUUUGUCGUUACCCUUUCAUUCUUUCCCUGUCUUGUAUUUCGCUGCUUAAGGACUUGCUCUAAAGUAGUUUACUACAAUCAUCAUGGAGCUAUCGUCGGCGGAACGUGGACAGCGGCGGGAGAUCUACAUGCAAUCCACGGCCCCUAACAACACUCCGCGACGGUGGCUGUUGUCUAGUAGGGCAGUUACUGUUCUCGCUCUUGGCAUGCUCUUUGCGAAAGUUGUCUGCGCGCAAGCGGGCUCCUUGGACUUCACCACGGAGCCCAGUUCCCAGGAUGCACAGCACGGGCGCAGCGCCAUGCUGAGCUGUGAGGUCAGCGACCCGGCGGGCGUGGCCUACAGCUGGCUGUACGACGGCGAGCCCGUGACGGACUCCGAGCGCCGCUUCCAGGAGGGCAGCAACCUCAAGUUCACCGCCGUGGACCACCGGCUGGACGGCGGGAACUUCCAGUGCGUGGCGAUCGACACCGCCACCGGGGAGGAGAAGCGGUCGAGCAACGCGUCCUUCAACAUCAAAUGGCUGGAGAGUGGCGGGGUGACGCUCAAAGACCCCGCCUCCGAGGCGGAGAUUGAGAGCUCUGCACCAGUCACGUUGCGGUGUCACAUUGAUGGACAUCCACGGCCCAACUGCCAGUGGUUCAAGGAUGGCGUUCGGCUGUUGGAGAGGAGUCACAUGAUCAACGGCAAGGAGCGCACGCUCACGCUGAAGAACCCCAGCCCCGAGGAGAACGGCCUGUACCACUGCUGCGGCAAAAACACCGUCGGACAAGUGUGCAGCAACCGCAACUUCACCCUCAACAUCAUAGAUAAGAGCUUCCCCCGGCCGGUGGUCUCACCUGUGGACCAGGUGGUCAUGCGGAACGAGGAGGCCGUCUUCCACUGCCAGUUCGCCGCCGAGCCGCCGCCCACGGUCGAGUGGUACCACGGCAACGACCCCGAGCCCCUCACCAACAAGACCCGGCUCUUCGUGCUCAGUAACGGGACCCUGCAGAUCACCCAGGUGAAGGUGCGCACCACCGGCGUGUACAAAUGCGUGGCCCGCGGGCCCCGGGGCCCCCCCGUCACCCUGGAGGCCAACCUCCGCCUGGCGGAGAUUGAGGACACGGGGCCUCCGAUGGUGCAGGUCUUCACGGUGGACACCCUACAGCGAGUGCGCUGCAAACCUCCGCAUGGUCACCCCAAACCGGAGGUGUGGUGGGAGAGGGGCGGGGUCCGCCUACCCCAGGAGGGCAGGGUGUACCAGGACGACCUGAGCCUGGUGUUCAGCCCCACGGAGGGGGCCGAUUCGGGGUCCUACACCUGCGUGGCCCAGAACCGGGCGGGGACCAGGAGGCAGGAGCUGACCGUCACUGUGGCCACUGCUCCGGAAUGGGUGACCAAACCGGAAGACAGCCAGCUGGAGGAGGGGCGUCCCGGCUACCUGCACUGCCUCACUAGCGCCACCCCUGACCCGGAGGUCUCUUGGUACCGCAACAACAUAGCCAUUACUGAGGACAGUCGCUAUAAACUCUACCCCAACGGGACGCUGCGCAUUAACAGUGUUGAGGUGUACGACGCCCACCUGUACAGCUGCAUGAGCAGGACCCAGGGAGGAACGCUGAACGCUAACGCGCGAGUCCACGUGCUCGAGAAGCUGAAGUUCACGCCGACCCCCCAGGCCGUGCAGUGCCUGGAGCUGGAUAAAGCCGGCAGUGUGCAGUGCUCAGCCAAGGGCCGGGAGGCCCCCACCGUCCAGUGGACCAAAACAGACGGCAGCGGGAUCCCGCCGCGCGUCGAGCAGAAGGCCGGGCUGCUGCGCUUCCCCAAGGUGACGCGCCGCGACUCCGGGAACUACACCUGCGUCGCCUCGAACAGCCUGCAGGGGGAGAUACGCGCCAUGGUGAUCCUGAACGUAGCGGUGUACGUUAAGUUCAAGAUGGAGCCGGACAACACCACGGUGUACCAAGGCCACACGGCCAUUCUUCACUGCCAGGCCACUGGGGACCCAGAGCCCUACAUCCAGUGGAGGAUUAAGGACAAGUUCCUGGACCCCAGCCAGAGCAGGUUCCAGAAGAUGGCGAAUGGUUCGUUGGUGAUCCGCACCGUCAGCACGGAGGACACUGGGAAGUACACGUGCAUCGCCGGGAACAGCUGCGACAUCAGGUCCACCUUCGCGGAGCUCUACGUCGUGGAGAAGCCGGUGCAGCACUCGAUGGAGGACGAAGACAAGGCUCCGUACAAGAUGAUCCAGACCAUCGGGCUGUCCGUGGGCGCGGCCGUGGCCUACAUCAUCGUGGUGCUGGCGCUCAUGUUCUACUGCAAGAAGAGACGCAACGCCAAGCGGCUGCAGAAGAACACCGAGGGGGAGGAGCCCGAGAUGGAGUGCCUGAACGGGGGAGCAGUUCAGCAGAACGGCCAGACCACGGCAGAGAUCCAGGAAGAGGUGGCUCUGACUAACCUGACUGCCACGGCGACCAGCAACAAGCGCCACAGCAGCAAUGACAAGCUGCACUUCCCUCGUGCCAACCUGCACACUAUUACUACUCUGGGUAAGGGCGAGUUUGGGGAGGUGCUCCUGGCGAAGGCGCAGGGCAUCGAGGAGGGCGAGGAGGAGACGGUGGUGCUGGUGAAGAGCCUGCAGACGCGCGACGAGCAGCUGCAGCUGGACUUCCGCCGCGAGUUUGAGAUGUUCGGCAAGCUCAGCCACGCCCACGUGGUGCGGCUGCUGGGCCUGUGCCGCGAGGCCGAGCCUCACUACAUGAUCCUGGAAUACGUGGACCUGGGGGAUCUGAAACAGUUCCUGAGAAUCUCCAAAAACAAAGACGACAAAGUCAAACCUCAGCACCUCAGUACCAAGCACAAGUUGUCCAUCUGCGCCCAGGUGGCUCAGGGCAUGGAGCACCUGUCCAACCACCGCUUCGUCCACAAGGACCUGGCGGCGCGAAACUGCCUGAUCAGCGCCCAGCGCCACGUCAAAGUGUCCGCUCUCAGCCUGAGCAAGGACGUCUACAACAGCGAGUACUAUCACUACCGCCAGUCCUGGAUCCCGCUGCGCUGGCUGCCUGCCGAGUCGGUCUUCGAGGACGACUUCUCCACCAAGACGGACGUGUGGUCCUUCGGGGUCCUGAUGUGGGAGGUGUUCAGCCAGGGGGAGCUGCCCUACACCAAGAUGAGCGACGACGAGGUCCUGGAAGGUCUGCAGGCUGGGAAGAUGAAGCUGCCGGCUCCAGAGGGGUGCCCCUCGAAGGUCUACAAGCUGAUGGGACGCUGCUGGGCCCCCAGCCUGAAGGAGCGCCCCUCUUUCAGCGAGAUGGUCAACGUCCUGGGCGAGGUCCCCACCGACAGCAAAGUCUGAGAGGGGCCUCCUGCUCCACCCCCACUGCACCCACCCCCUCCCCCUCGCCUGCGUGUGUGUGUGUGUGUGUGAGUGUGUGUGUGUGUGUGUGUGUGUGUGUGUGUGUGUGUGUGUGUAUGUGUGUGAGUGUGUGUUUUUAUGUGUGUGUGUGUGUGUGUGAGUGUGUGUGUGUGUGUCCAUCCCUCACCCUUUCACACUCACAGACUUAAGACUGAGAAUGAAGAUUCUGUGGAGUCUUAUCUUAUGACAGUUUCAAAAUGCGGUAGAGGCGGGGAGGGGAGAAGAGAAGAGAGGACUGUUUGUUUUUCUCUGUUGUGGAGACGUUUGUUUUUAUUGGUUUUACGUUGUUAUUCAAACCGCCCAAUUGGGCUCUGAGGACGUUUUGACCGGGGCCCGGUUUUGGGUUGGUCGAUGGCACGGGGCAGUUUGUGCAUUCCUGCACAGGACUCUGGGAAACUGCCCCCACCUCCCCUCCAUCUGCAGGAUACAGUACUGAGCUUCCCCUUGUCGCCCUCCACCAGGACAGCAGAACCACAGCAAGGCAUUGCCCUCGGCAGCCAGGAGGGGGCGCUGGCAGGACCAAGCAUCUGUCCUUGCAAAUUCUGCCUCUGGACUGGAGAUCUGUGUGUCAUAUUGUCAGGUGUGUGUGUGUGUGUGCGGAGAAACUGCAGGUGUCCGCUGCAAACUGUACGAGUCAGUGUUUGUUACCAUAUCAGCAAGUGUGUGCAAGACCAGGGUACAAACGCACAAGAUGGGGAAAAAAAGGUUUGUUGGGGAAAACGUUUACCGUAAAGCAUAGCAAGUCAACGCAACAUUUUCAUCAGAAUAGUUUGUUUGUUUCAGGUGUAGUCAAGCGUAUUUCAGGGGAGGAAAGAACGAUGUUUUCUGUCUUUUCAGCCCGAGAGGAGAUGUUACAAAAACUGUAAUGCUUGUGUGUGUGUGUGUGUGUGUGUGUGUGUGUUAGUUAGUGUGUUUGUACAUGUGAACAAAAGCGUGUGCAUGCGUGUAUGCGUGUGGCUGUCAUUGUUUUCAUGUGUGAGUGUGCGUGCGUGUGUGUGUGUGUUUAGCAGUGUGUUUGUGUUUUCCCCUGUUUAAGCCCAUGUUGUUACAGUGGACUCUUACUGUUGCUAGGAAACACUGCGAUAUUUUUUGCAGGGCACACGGAGCCUACCUUCUUUCUUAAAAAAAAAAAAAAAAAAAAGCCUUUCUUUAGCUAGCUGAGGUAAACCUGUAUUCAGCGUGCCAUCAACCAAGCACCUGUCGUUAUGUCACCGCAAGGCUUGCUCUGCUAGCGUCGCUAACCGAGCUGGACCAAUCAGAACGAGCAACGCCGCGAACGGUGAUUUCUGUAUAUAAUGUAGACACCAUGCACUAACCACACGUACAGUUCAAUUUUGUAUUCUAGAAGGAUUUUCAGGAACCAGUUUUAUUACGAAGGUCCUGUUUUUUUUAUUGUUUUUGUUUUAUUUUGUUUUCAGAACGGUACAGUUCAUUUGUUAUUUUUUAUGCAGUUUUAUGUACUUGGCAUUUUGUAAUACACGGCAUUUUAUAAUAACAUUAAUGAAAUGGGAUGGGAGGGUAUAUCUGGUCUGACUAAACUACACUACACAGAUUCAAGUGCCUGGUAAAUGAAGGAUUUCUUUUUGCAGAUUUUACAUGUCUUAUGAAAUGCAAAUGCCUUGUUUUUACUCGUUUUUGUUUUUUUAAAAUAUUUUUUAUACAUUUAAUUGUUUUUAUUAUUAUUAUUAUUAUUAUUAUGUUUUUAUUCUUGGAUAUAAAUGUGCAAAAAUACACUCUUAGCAGUUCUACUUUAUCUCAAUGCUAGGCACCUACACCUAGACGUUUUUAAGUCUGCUUUUGCAAUACUGGGGCAAUGACUAUACAUGCUGCUCUCAAUAAAGUUUCACAUUUUGUAAA